CAGGAGCCGUGAGGGACAGAAGAGGACAGACAGAGCAAGGGCUGGUGGCCGGACGGACUCGGGGCCGUGGCAUGAAGCUGCUGCCCAGCUGGAGAGCGGUGCUGGCCGGGGGUCCCGAGGGCAGGGCCUGGCCAUGGGCACAGCGACCCAGAAGAGCCCCUCCGAGCAGUGCUCCAAACAUGAGCGCCCAGCAGGACGCCGCGGGUCAGCCACAGCAUGCGGCCCGGGGCUCAGCAGAGGCUCCCCCAGCGGACCCCCAGGUGUCCCUGCCCACACAGCCCAAGUUUGACAUGUUGUACAAGAUUGAGGACACGCCGCCUUGGUACCUGUGCAUUCUUCUAGGCUUCCAGCAUUACCUGACAUGCUUCAGCGGCACCAUCGCCGUGCCCUUCCUCCUGGCCGAGGCACUGUGUGUGGGCCAGGACCAGUACAUGGUCAGUCAGCUCAUCGGCACCAUCUUCGUGUGCGUUGGCAUCACCACCCUCUUGCAGACCACGCUGGGAAUCCGGCUGCCACUGUUCCAGGCCAGUGCGUUUGCAUUUCUGGUUCCAGCCAAAGCCAUCCUCUCCCUGGAAAGAUGGAAGUGUCCCCCGGAAGAGGAGAUCUACGGUAACUGGAGUCUGCCUCUGAACACCUCCCAUAUCUGGCACCCACGGAUGCGAGAGAUCCAAGGUGCAAUCAUGGUGUCCAGUGUGGUGGAGGUGGUGAUCGGACUGCUGGGACUGCCUGGGGCCCUGCUCAGCUACAUCGGGCCUCUCACGGUCACCCCCACUGUCUCCCUCAUUGGCCUGUCAGUCUUCCAAACAGCCGGUGAACGGGCUGGCUCCCAUUGGGGCAUCUCAGCUUGCGCCAUUCUCCUGAUCGUCCUCUUCUCCCAGUACCUGCGCAACUUCGCGUUGCUGCUGCCCGUGUACCGCUGGGGCAAGGGCUUCACUCUCUUUCGCAUCCAGAUCUUCAAGAUGUUUCCUAUUGUGUUGGCCAUCAUGACGGUGUGGCUGCUUUGUUAUAUCCUCACCAUCACGAAUGUGCUGCCCAGAGACUCCACGGCCUAUGGCUUCCAGGCACGGACUGACGCCCGUGGGGAGAUCAUGGCUAUUGCACCCUGGAUCCGCCUCCCCUACCCUUGUCAGUGGGGCCUGCCCACAGUGACUGUGGCUGCUGUCUUGGGAAUGUUCAGUGCCACCUUGGCAGGCAUCAUCGAAUCCAUUGGAGAUUAUUACGCUUGCGCCCGGCUGGCUGGUGCGCCGCCCCCUCCGGUACAUGCCAUCAACAGGGGUAUCUUCACCGAAGGUGUCUGUUGCAUUAUCGCGGGGCUGCUGGGUACGGGCAAUGGGUCCACUUCGUCCAGCCCCAACAUCGGCGUCCUGGGGAUUACCAAGGUGGGCAGCCGGCGCGUGGUACAGUUCGGCGCUGGUAUCAUGCUGAUCCUGGGCAUCAUUGGCAAGUUCACGGCCCUCUUUGCCUCGCUCCCUGACCCCAUCCUGGGGGGUAUGUUCUGCACCCUCUUCGGCAUGAUUACCGCCGUGGGCCUGUCCAACCUGCAGUUCGUGGAUAUGAACUCCUCCCGCAACCUCUUCGUGCUCGGAUUUUCCAUCUUCUUCGGGCUCACACUGCCCAAUUACCUGGAUUCCAACCCCGGAGCCAUCAACACAGGCAUUACUGAAGUGGACCAGAUUCUUACUGUGCUGCUGACCACGGAGAUGUUUGUGGGCGGGAGCAUUGCUUUCAUACUGGACAACACGGUACCAGGGAGCCCAGAGGAACGAGGUCUGAUACAGUGGAAAGCUGGGGCCCAUGCCAACAGUGAGACGUCUGCCAGCCUCAAGAGCUAUGACUUCCCCAUUGGGAUGGGCACAGUAAAAAGGAUUGCUUUUCUGAGAUACAUUCCUAUCUGCCCAGUCUUCAAAGGAUUUUCUCCAAGGUCAAAAGAUCAACAUUCAGUUCCAGAAGAUACUCCCAGAAACACAGAAAGUGGGUCUGUGUGCACCAAGGUCUGAAACACUACUUCCAGGAAAGGAAGCAUGAUAUGUCACAGGAAAAGCAAAGAACAAGGGGAGCUAGAAGACAUUAAGACUGAAAUCCCCGCUCUCCUCUAGCUUCCUGUGUAAGCUGGGAUAAAUCAGUCUUUUUUUCUGUAAGUUAAGGAAAAAAAGAGAGUGAUGAAUGGCCUAAUAAUAGUGUGUCAAAGAGCCUCUAGAGACUUGUAUCAUUAUUCUGUGUCUCUGAACCUUUACUUUCCUAAGCAGAAAUGUCAGUAUACAGGAAGAGGAGCUGGAAAUUCCCCUUUAGUACAUUUGGAUUCCAAGUUGGUAAAGCUAAAAUGUAGGGAUGCUGGCAGGCUUUUCAAUGGGACUAGACUCCUAUAUUGCUUAGUUUAAGACCAAAGCAUAUUCAAACAUUUUGGAGCAAUUAUUUUUAGUUUCAUAAUUUAUACACAACAAUUUCCUUGGACAGGAUAUAGUCUUCCUUCCCCCAAGGGAAAUAUAUCUGUAUUUUAAAACUGUAAGGUUUAAAUUAAAAUGCAGUAUUCUUCAAUGUACAAACUUGGCAGCUGAACAAGAAUGAGAAUGAAUUAAAGUAAUCUAAAAUAGUCUGAGAAGAAAUCAGUUUUUGCAUUAUGGAAUUACACUGACUCUAAACAUUAAGUCUAGCAAAGAGCUUUAUUCCUUUAGAGCUAUCAACAUGAUUUCUAACAUGGGUACUCAGAUCAUACUGUCAUUUAUUCCAGCCAAGGCCCUGCCGCAGUGUAAAUCCCAGUGUUCUUAAUAUCGUCCUUUAGAAGAAGGAUUUACCCUACAGGGUAGGCUGACUGUCUGAUAUCUCUGGAGUGCUACUAAAAACUCAACAGGCCGAGCACACUGACCCUGAUACAGGACUGAGGAACUGACUUUUGUUUUUAAUGCCUAACAGAUAAAUAUGAUGUAUAGAUUAGGAAACCACUGCACAGUGAACAGAAGAAAUAACAAAAUACAGUUCAGAGUCCACUGGGUAAAUUCCAGAAAGCUAUUCUGUAUAAGCAACUACAGAUUGUAAAAAGAGACAGAAAGGUUAAUAUUUGGAUUUGAUUUCACAAAAUUAUUUAAUGUUAAUUUCAGAGAUCAAAUCAUCAGAUACCAUUCUAUUUUAGUGCUAAUGUUUAGAUAUCACAAUUCCAAAUACUUUUACUGCAAAUAUAUUGUCAGCGAUGAGACACUAAGAGUAACUUAAAAUGCAAAUCUAAGUGUGAUCAUCUUCUGAGAAGAGCUUGUAAAAUUCCUUAUUAAAUCACAGUUCUAACUGUGUGCUCAGUGAAAACUCCAUCACGAAAAGAUCUCUAAAAUUACACCUUCCAAAUAAAAUUGUGAAAUAUCACCAAAUUUUUAAGAUAAGAUGAAAACUUCUCCAUCAAGCUACUUUUGUAUAGGCAAGUCACAUGGUAAUAUUAUUUUUCCUUUGACUAACUUUUAAGACAUUUUAAUAUCCUAGGGCAACAUCAUGACUACAAAGAGCUGUCUAGCAGUCUGUUAAUGGUCUAAGGCUAGCUGCACCGUGUUGCCAGAAGUCACUCCAUGUCACAAGUGAAACUGGGAGGCCCUUGCUUCCACUCUAAGAAGUAGCGCAGUUUCUGAAGGGGAAAGAGGCAGAACUCUUCUUACAGAGAUGGUGGCUGGCUUUUCCACUUAUGGUAAAGAUGAACUAGGAUCUAAAAAGAUGAAAAAUAACUUUUUACCACAAGAUCUUCCAGAGAAGAGCCAUCACUGAUAACAAGGUCAUUAAACUGGUCUUGGAUUUGGUCCAUAGUCUGUGGGAGAUCUCGAGCUGGAAUAAACCACUCAUGCUCUUCUUCUUCUUCCAGCAUUUCUUGGAAACAGCGUUCAAUAAAUUCUUCUUCCCAUAACUCCUCUUCUAUCUAAAUUUAUAAUAAAUUAAGGAUAAUUUAUAGCACAUACGGUAGAAUAUUUCUAGAAAAAGCUUAAAAUAUUUUGAACUAAGCCAUUUAAAAACACAAUGUCAUACUUUCUCCUCUGCUUCUGUGCUAAGGGGAAAAAUACUUACCAUUAAGACCCAGAAGAUCUAUUGAGGGUUUUUUCCAUGUCUUUAUUUAGAUAAGAAGUUUCUUUUAUUCACUGAUGGUGGCAAAGAAUGAGUAACAAAUAAAAGAAUGCUUGAAGGAAUGUGUAUUUGACUUAUCUGUAAUAAUUUGAUACUUAAAACUAGGUGGGCAUGUAUUAGAGAGCCGUAAAUACACUGGGAGUAUUAGAGUACACAGGUUUGAGUCCUGACAACCCUCUCCAGUUCAGCUUCUUGCUAAUGAAGACCCUGAGAAGUAGCAGGUGAUGGCUCAAGUAGUUGGUUCCCUGCCACUCACAUGGGAGUCUCAGAUUGAGUUCCUGGCUCCUGGCUUUGGCUUGGCCCAAGCCCAGCUGUUACGGGCAUUUAGGGAGCGAAAUGGCAGAUGGGAGAUUUCUCCUUUUGUCCCUCUGCCUUACAAAUAAAUAAAAUUUAAAAACUACACAAUCCCUAAUACCAAACCCAAUAGUAACCAAAACCAAAAUUUCUAAGGGAUAGAGUCAAAGCAUGCUUUUUUUCUUUUUAUUUAUUUGAAAGGCAUGUGUGUGCAUGUGUACACACACACACACACACACACACACACACAGAUCUUUCAUGUGCUGGUUCAUUUCCCAAAUGUCUGCAACAGGUGGGGCUGGGUCAGGCCAAGUUAGAAGCUUGGAACUCAAUCUGGGUCUUCCACAUGGUGGCAACGAAACAAAUACUUGAGCCACCAUUUGCUGCCUCCCAGAGUGCACAUUAGCAGAAAACUGGAAUUAAAAGUGAAGCUGGAACUAGAACCCGGGCACUCUGCUACACCAAAUACUCAUUCCUGGCUAAUCAAUCAAACAAAAACCCACAACUGAUUCUCACUGAAAUAAGACUGUUUGGGGGUCAGCACUGUGGCACAGCAGGUUAAGCUGCCCACUGUGAUGCCAACAUCCCAUAUGAGCACCAGUUUGAGUCCCAGCUGCUCUUUCAGUUCAGCUCCCUGCCAAUACACCUGACAAAGCAGUGAAAAUGGCCCAAGACCUUGGCCUCCUGCCAACCACAUGGGAGACCUAGAUGAAGUUCCUGGCUUCUGGCUUCAGCAUGUCCCAACCCCAGGCAUUGCAGGCAUUAAGGAGUGAAACAGCAGAUCUAAGAUUUUCUCUCUCUCUGUGACUCUGCCUUUCAAAUAAAUAAACAAAUCUUAAGGAAAAAAAGACAACCAUUUUACUUUUGAAUAUCUAACAUUGGACAUGGAGAAAUCAAGCUGGCUUCUGAUUACCAAAGCCAUGAUAAGGGAGAAAUUAUAAGAUGGGAACAGAUGCCAGAGACAUUAAAGAGAAUAUCUGCCACUGUAUGAGAGUUGACAGAUUUCCGAGAGUAAAAUACACUGAUGAUGUCAGGCGAAACACAGCUUAACUGCACCGGGAGAUCUGUUGUCUCCUGAUUCCUGAAUUCUCUUGAUUGGCAUUACAAUACAGUAAUCUGAUUGGUACAAGGCAGUGGUUUCCAAACCUGAAUGCUGACUGGAACCAGCUGGGAGGUUUUUUUGUUUUGUUUUGUUUUGUUUUUUUGAC